CUCCUCUCAUUUAAUGCACACAUAUGGCUUGGAAAUAUGUAUUUAUUUGAUUUCAACCCUGUUCCUUCUUCUUCAUCUCUUACUUCUGAAUUUUCACCAUUAUAAUUCUCCAAUGGCUUCUGUUCAUCCAGCAGCAACAGCGUUUCUCCUUUCUCUGCUCUUCUUCGCUCAUCUUCAGCUCUCCAUGGCCGGCGGUUUUCUCUCUGGCUCAGUCUCAUGCAUGGACUGCUCUCCCUCACAUGAUCUCUCUGGGAUCAGCCUGGCAGUCAACUGCGGCGGACAAAAAACACAAUCCUACGCGUUGACCAACAUCAACGGUCAAUUUCUGAUCUCCGUCCCAAAUCCUCCUCCUCCUCCAUCCGACUGCUCUGUAAAUCUACUCGGCGCAAGAACUCAGCUCUGCGGCUUCAAAAACUCAAUCACCUCCAAAAUCAUCGCCAUUAAUUCCUCAAUUAAAUCAUCAAACAGCUCUUACGCUCUUCAAACGCCGCUCGCCUUCUUCACCUCCUGCCAGAAGAUAAUCGAACAGGCGAAGCUUGAGAAGACGAACGGAGCUAAUAAUGGCGGCGGAGCUGGUUUGCGGGCGAGGGGGCCGCAGUCGCCGCCGGCAGAGGGAUUCGGCCUGCCACCGUUGCCGCCGUUGAUCUAUGUUUUCCCCUUCAUUCCCAUCAUUGGGAUUCCUUGAGGUUGAAGAGGAGUGGUUUAGCUGGCUAUUAUGGUUGAAAUUAGUGGGCUUUGUAUCUGAAUAAAAGGUGUUUGUUUGUUUGUUUGUUUGUUUGGUUUGUAAUAAUGAAGUUGAUUAAUAUUUGAAUGGGUUUAUUAAGGAUAAUUUGGUCA